AUGAAGCUUCAGAAAUGGCUGCUGACCUGCCAUAACCCCCGGGUUGCGCCUGCGCGCGCUUUUACGGCUUUUAACCAGCGCUUCAAUUCCUCCGCAACAUCCUCCCAUCGGUAUCGUCCUCUUGAACUCCUCCAGGAUGGCAGCACAGAUCAGUUUCGCGAACAAUGCUUCGUCCCAGAACGACCUGCGAUCCUCCCGCGCCAAUUCUUCCGCGAUAUCCCCGCCGUCGAACGCUGGUUUCACCCGGCUACUCAGAAUGAUACCCCACGGUUACGAUUGAACACAGAAUACCUAGAGCAGCACGGCUCCAACGCCUUCGUCCCCCUAGAAAUCACCCAACCUUCGAGCCCCAAAUCGACGGAUUCAGAACUCAGCUUCCGCCAAUUCCACGCCCCGCUAAGCCUCUUCCUACAAUGGAUGCGAACCGCCGAAACAGACCCGGCACAAUCAACCCGGCUGUACCUAGCACAAUGCCAACUCUCCGACCUUCCCCAGAUCCUUCGCGAUGAUUUCCCCGUGCCAGAUCUUGUGGCGCGUGCAGGGAGAGGUGAUGUCUACGAUGCGAACGUCUGGAUCGGGCACCCGCCGACAUACACCCCGCUACACCGCGAUCCGAACCCGAACUUGUUUGUGCAGAUGGCGGGGGAGAAAGUGGUGAGACUGGUGAGUCCGGAUGACGGUCUGGGAUUGUUUGCGACCGUGCGACGACAAUUGGGGAAGAGUGGGGAUCGUGAAGCCGCGGCGAUUCGGGGAGACGAGAUGAUGCAGGGUCCGGAGAGGGCGUUGCUAGAAAAAGUGGUUUGGGGUGAUUCCGACACACUGGGCGUGGAGAAAGAAGGGUAUGAAGCUCGUCUGAGGCCUGGGGAUGGGUUAUUUAUUCCUAAAGGAUGGUGGCAUAGUAUCAAAGGUGUUGGGGAGGGAGUAACUGCCUCGGUCAAUUGGUGGUUUCGAUAA